CGCCGGAUCCGGAAGCCGAAUCUUUCUUUCAGUCCAUUUAAAGUAAACAUCAACAUUAAGAUCUUCGCGAGCCAUGCGCUGAUUCUGAGCUCUGUUCGUGAACGGCGGCAGAAUGGGCUCAGCACCGGACAGACUCCGCGGCGUGGCGGUCUGGCUGAUCAUCGCCGGGCUCGUGCGUCUGUCGGACGGAGGUGCAGUGGACCCGGAGCCGGUGGAGCAGGUGUCGGGGGAAGCGUGCGCUGAGGGCCGCUGUGAGACCGAGACCGAGCCGCUGCUGUCCGCCGUCCUCCACAGCGACCCCGGAGACACCCCGAGCCUCAACCUCACCGGCACCGAGAGCCGGAGCCCCGGGGUGACCUGCGACAGACGGAGCAUCACCGAGCGCGUCACGGUGCAGAUCCUCAACGCGUCUCAGGACCUGAUGGUGCUCCUGAAUGCCAGCAGCACUGAAUGCUCCCUGGUUCUCUUUUACACCACGUGGUGUCAGUUUUCAGCAAACCUCGCCCCUCACUUCAACACCCUGCCGCGAGUCUUUCCCAGCAUGCACUUCGUGGCGCUCGACGCGUCCCAGCACAGCAGUCUGUCCACGCGCUUCGGGACUGUGGCCGUCCCCAAUAUACUCUUGUUUCAAGGAGCCAAACCCAUGGCCAGGUUCAACCAGACGGACCGAACGCUAGAAACACUCAGCUCUUUCAUCACAAACCAGACAGGUCUUGAAGCGAGUCCAGAUCAGACCGUCCUGGAGGAAGGACCUCUGCCUGCGGUUCCUGUCCGAGGCAUCGACUGGCUCUUUGUGUUUUCGGUCCUGUUCCUGUCCGGCUUCGGUCUCUAUGCCCUCCUCUGCUCAGACAGCGUCCUCAGGAUCGUUCCAGACCACGUGCAUCAGGACUAGAGUCUCUCCUGGGGUUCUAGUGUACAUACCUGCAGAAUGAAUAAGUGUAUGAAUGUAAAUAAUCUGCUCAUAUUGUUUGGAAUAUCACCUGGGGUGUGUUACUGGACAAGAAAGACAAUGGUACACAACAUUAGAUGUUAGCAUACUUCUGUCAGUGCACUAGUGCUCCUUUGAGAACACAGCCCAGGAUGGGAAAGUAAUGGAUCCAGUCACCCACAAUCCUUUGCACACAUUGUGAUUCAUGAAAAGAGCCCGUGAGAAAUGAAUCAGCAAUGAGCUCAUCUGAUUUACCUACAAACUGCAAGUCCAAAACAUUUUUUUUAAGUGACAUUACCUGUACUGCAUUAAUAAAAAGUCUGUUAAUGUAAAGAA